AUGUUCCGGCGCAAGACCAAGAGCGUUGGCGCAGGAGGGAAGAAACGUCGCGAGGUCGACGUCGUGAACGACGUAGACGGUCCAACUGCAUCGGUAGAGAAGGAGGAUGGAGUUGCGGAUGCUCUUACAGCGUCUGCUGCCGCUGAAAUGGUCGAGCGCGACCUCCACGAGCUGGAGCAGCUGCGGGGGAGUCGUCGCUCUCGAACUGUCAAGAGCGUCAUGACGUUCAGCUCCAAGAGCGUCAGUUCCAAGUCAAGUGGCAGCAGCAGCAGCUGGACGGACGGACUCUCAGCUAGGGCACAACAGUUGGAAGCAUCGACGCGGCUGAGCUUCGAGGAUGGAGACGAGACAGCUGCGUCGAUGAUGAUGAAGAAGAGGAAGAUGCGACCGAAUGUCGUGGUGGCUGGUGUGGAAGACGUGGCCAUGGAGACGGAGAUGAGUGGUCGAUAUUCAGCUGAGAUGAUGGCAACUCUGAGGAGUGAGCAGAGCGUGCUGCUGUCGAGACAUGCAGAGAUGGACGUGAUCUUGGAAGGGGAAGAAGAGAACGCAGAGACUGAAGCGAAAAGUGUGCAAGAUGGACGUGAGGAAGAGGAUGAGUUUAUUGCUCUGGAUGGAGAUGCACAGAUGAGACGUUCAAAGAACCGCGUGACGUUUAGUGCAGAGGUGCAAGACCCGAGUCGCUCUGAAGUAAUGUACGAAGGAUUGGAUGAAGAAGGAGAGGAAGAAGAGGAACAAAACAGGAGAUGGGAGGAAGAACUGAUGCGUCGUGCUGGACAUCGUGUGCCCAAGUCGUUGGAUGACAGCACUGAGUCGACGUCGUUUGAACUUGAACGAGCUUCGCGCGACUUUGCGCGACUUGAAGCUGAGACGGCUUUAGUGGAGACUGCGUUAGUGCAGCAGCAAGAAGAGCUGCGUGUCAGUAGCGAAGAGUUUGAGUACUUCCAGGACGUGGAAGAUUUUGUGAGAGGCCUGAGUUCUUGCUUGCGUGCAAAAGUGCCCGUCAUUGAAGCAGCGCGGAAUCAAGUCGUCCAAGAUCGUGCUCGCCGGGUGAAAGAUAAACAAAAAGAAGAGCAGUGCGACGUUGUCGAGGAGAUGAAGUGGAUUAUCGGCUCUGGGAAGCUUGAUGUGGGCGACAUCAUGGGGCUGAAUCAGCUGAACUUGCAGUCCAGUAAAGAUGUUAACGCUGCGUCACCUGAGCAUACCGUUCGGUUCCGAAAGUACCAGGCGCACUUUAUUGAGUCGUACGUGACGGAGGUACGUCCAGUGGAAGACGAUUUGUUCGGUGAUGCAAUCGAUGAGUUCAAGUCGCUCGAGCGUGUGUAUGGACGGUUCCAAGAGUGGAAAGCAAAGUUCCCACAAGUCUACAAGGACGUUUUCUGUGAGUUGGCUCAAGAGAAGCUAUUCGCCCCGUACGUGCAAGCAGAGUUGCUGUACUGGGAUCCACUGGGUAUGACAGACGCACAACCAGAGCUGGGGAAAGCGUGGUCUCUCGACGACUUGACUUGGUAUCAAGUUUUACGCAAGCAUCUGCCGAAGUCAAGCAACGACGAUCGAAACAGUGGUGGCCACGUUGACAGUGUACUUCUGUAUCAAAUUCGUCACGUGCUACUAGAGAACGUUCGCGUGGCUGUGUCAAGCUAUUACGAUCCGUACUCGAGUCUACAAGUGCGGAGUUUGUCCCUUUUGCUGGAAGAAAUCGAUCGACAGGGCUAUUCUGCAAACGUUGAGGGAGCACUUCAGAUGUUGGUGAACACGGUGCUCGAGGCAUUUGCAAGCGAAACGAAACGCACGGUGCUUGUCGCACUCGACCAAAACACAGCCAUGUCCAGCGAAGACGUCAUCGUAUUUGCUCGUUACUUGCUGGAAAAGUUCGCCACGCUGCAAGACAAUCUGCUCACUCUCUUCGUGGCUCUUCCUAGAGGACCCCUGGCUGCCAGUGCUUUUGGCUGUCUCCUCCAAGUCCUUCACCACCUCUUGGCGUAUGUUCGACUUUGCCGAGAAAGACACAAGACACAACUAGUUGCGAUGGCUACGCAAGUGAUCCGACAGCUCUCUGGCUCGUCGUACGUGCUCCAGCUGCUAUCGGACUCAAGCCAGGAACGCGAGCUCAGGCACAUCUUGGACUUGUUUGACCCCUUCCUACAACCUACUGCUCCAGCAAGACUCCCAUCAAGUUAA